AUGUUGCUGGCUCUGGCAUUUGUUGAGCCGGAUAAUGUGAUCCAAGCGUUUGAAAAAUUGACGGAAAGUGACCAAUAUCUUGAUGAAGUCAUGCUAAUUGCAAACUUCUUUGAAGAUACUUACAUUGGAAGACCACAGCGACGUGACCGACGUUUGCACCGAGCUUUCCAACAGACUUGUGGUGCCUCGCACCAGUCCAUUUACCGUUUCAUAGAAUUUCUCAAAAAGCAUCAGGCGGCUCAAAAUUGUGAUGCUGUUCAACUUCUCAUGGGUAAUCCCGGCAAUUCAAAAAACCUAAAAUACCAGACCAUUUCACACCGAAUAAAAACAUUUGAAUUAAAGUUGGCACUUGUAUGGUCAUUUUUGUUUGAUAGGAAUAAAUGGUCCAGGAGGAGUAGUUCUAGAGCGAAUUGUUCAGGGGCAAGUUGUCCGGGAGCGAGUUGUCUGAGGGCAAAUUGUUGGAGCAAGUUGUCUAGAAGCAAGUUGUUUGGGGUGAGCUGUGGGGGGCGAGAUUUCCGGGGCGAGUUGUCCGGAGGCGAGUUGUCCACAUCCCAUCAUGGUCAUUCCUGUUGA